UGCAUGCUGCCCUUCGGAGCUCAAGGUUCCGAAUCCGAUCUCUAGAAUUCCAGCUUCAGAAAACUAGCAUCUUCACCUGUGGCAAUGUCGGAUCUUCGAGCACCUUUGAACCCACCGCGCCUGAAGAGGAAAAUGGGCUUGGUGGACUUCCUGGUCCAGUUCCGAUGGAUAAUUGUUAUUUUUGUUGUUCUUCCUAUAUCCUUCACCUUUUAUUUCCUCACAUAUCUUGGAGAUGUUAGAUCUGAGAUGAAGUCCUACAAGCAGCGUCAGAAGGAACAUGAUGAAAAUGUUAAGAAAGUAGUGAAGCGCCUGAAAAAGAGGGACCGAUCAAAGGAUGGUCUUGUCUGCACAGCUCGUAAACCAUGGAUUGCGGUUGGAAUGCGAAAUGUAGAUUAUAAGAGGGCUCGCCAUUUUGAAGUUGACUUAUCUGCUUUUCGCAAUAUCCUUGAAAUUGAUAAAGAGAGAAUGAUUGCUAGGGUUGAGCCACUUGUUAACAUGGGGCAGAUUUCUAGGGCCACUGUCCCAAUGAAUCUUUCCCUUGCAGUGGUUGCUGAGCUUGAUGAUCUUACUGUUGGUGGACUUAUUAAUGGCUAUGGGAUUGAAGGAAGUUCCCACAUCUAUGGUUUAUUUUCUGAUACAGUGGUGGCUUAUGAGAUCAUUCUGGCAGAUGGCCAACUUGUCAGAGCUACUAAGGACAAUCAAUAUUCUGAUCUCUUUUAUGCUAUCCCAUGGUCUCAAGGGACACUAGGACUUCUUGUUGCUGCUGAGAUCAAACUUAUACCAGUCAAAGAAUACAUGAAGUUGACCUACAAACCUGUAAGGGGCAAUCUAAAACAGCUGGCACAAGCUUAUGCAGACUCUUUUGCACCUAGAGAUGGAGAUCAGGAUAAUCCAGAGAAGGUUCCAGAUUUUGUAGAAGCCAUGAUUUACACGCCUACUGAAGGUGUGUUCAUGACUGGGACAUAUGCCUCAAAAGAAGAGGCCAAGAAGAAGGGAAAUGUUAUUAAUGAAGUUGGUUGGUGGUAUAAAACCUGGUUCUAUCAGCAUGCACAGAAAGCACUAAAGAAGGGGGAGUUUGUUGAAUACAUUCCAACCAGGGAGUAUUACCAUAGGCACACAAGAUGUUUGUACUGGGAGGGGAAGCUCAUCCUUCCCUUUGCAGAUCAAUGGUGGUUUAGGUUUCUCUUUGGCUGGCUGAUGCCUCCCAAGGUUUCCUUGCUCAAGGCUACUCAAGGUGAAGCCAUCAGAGACUAUUACCAUGAGAUGCAUGUCAUUCAGGACAUGCUUAUUCCUCUUUAUAAGGUUGGGGAUGCCUUGGAGUGGGUCCAUCGGGAGAUGGAGGUCUAUCCUAUUUGGCUCUGUCCGCACAGGCUGUUCAAGCUUCCUGUCAAGACCAUGGUGUAUCCUGAGCCAGGCUUUGAACAUCAUCACAGACAGGGUGACACUCAUUAUGCUCAGAUGUAUACAGAUAUUGGAGUGUACUAUGCUCCAGGCCCUGUCUUGAGGGGUGAGGUUUUUGAUGGUGCAGAGGCCGUUCGUCAAAUGGAGAACUGGUUGAUUGAAAACCAUGGCUUCCAACCACAAUAUACUGUAUCUGAGCUGAGCGAGAAGAAAUUCUGGAGGAUGUUCGACGCUGGGCUCUACGAGAAGUGCCGUAACAAAUAUGGAGCAGUAGGAACCUUCAUGAGUGUGUACUACAAGUCGAAGAAAGGAAGGAAGACUGAGAAGGAGGUGGAAGAAGCCGAGAAAGAGCAAGCCCAGCUCGAAACCCCAGAAGCAGAGGUUGAUCAGUGAUCAGUUUGUGAACUGACCAUCAAGGUUGACAUUAUAUGGUAGGAUUUGUUUCUUCUGUAGGGUUUCCUACCAUUUAUGGUUGUGUGUGUUUUAUUUGCUUUCGUAAUGGAGUUUCUGUUGACUCUGGUGUUGCUAAAGUCCUCACUGGAUUUAGAUUAGACUCUUAGAUUUUGAGGGUUGUUGGUAGUUUUCCUUUCUCUGAUUGUGCAACUUCAUUUAUGGUAUCUUUAGAUUGUAACUUGUCUGGCAUAAGGGGUUGUUAUAACUCCAUUUUCACCACCAGUAGUGUACUGGGAAAUUGGAAUAAAGGUUUUCUCUGCUU